AUGGACUACAAGCCCAAGGCGAGCGACGAACUGUCCACACCGAACGGGCUAUCCCGAGGUCCAUGGGUGAAGUCAACAGAGAGCCUUGUUACGCCCCCGAGCACUCGAUUUGAUGAUCAAUAUUCUCCCCGAAACAUUACUGGGUGUCCGUCUUGGUUUGGCCGCACAGUAAAGCAGCGCGAAAGAGAAUCGCCCAAAGUGAAGCGAAGAAAGUUCGCGAAAUACGACAGCCGUGCUGGAACUGUGACCUCCACUUACAGCGACAGCGUUCAAUCUACUUCAUCUCUAGCCUUUUCUCCCCCUCCGAGCGAAUACUCCGAACCCGUAUCACACCCCAAGCGGCAAGCGCUAUUUCCACCCAUGAUUCUCUCACCCGACGAAUUUCCCAGUUCCGAGUACGCUACAAAGAGACGAAUGAAGAGGAAAAAGGGUCGGGAUUCCGACGAUGAAGAUCAGAAUUAUGUCGAUGUUCAGAAUAGCGAUGAUGACGAACUCGAGUCACCGGUUGCAAUCAAUAGGUCGGAGCGCGACGAUAUCAUUUUCAUCCUGAGCAGGGAGAAAGCAAAGCGCAUGGCGCAGGCUAUCAAAGUACCACAGGACACCAAAAUGGGCGACGAGGAGAAGAAUCUUUAUCUUGAUUUAGCCACCCGCGGCUGUUAUCCAGUGCUACCGUCAAGUUGGAAGAUGGACUUUGCGACACUUCCAGAAUCUCUUUUUCCAACCGGGGACGAGGAAGUCGACGAAACCAACUUCCCCUUCGCGAUACAAAAGGCAUCCGAGUUCUAUGCCAUUUCAGCGUUGCACGAGAUUCUUAGAGUGCCCGGUCUGGUCCGAGAUUGCAGGUUUUUGACAAUACAUCCACAGGAGGUGAUUAGAAAGGCUAUUCGGAGAUACUUGCGCUGGGCCAUCACCGAUUCCGGCGUGAAGAAAACACCCAAGACGAAAGCCGUUCACACAAUUGCCACCCAGGGGCUGCUGGAGGACGGGAAAAAGGAAGAGACUAUUAACGUUGUCAAGAGAGUGCUUAAAAGGCUCAAGAAGCUUGCUGAGGAGCAAAAAGAGAUAUAUCAAGAUACUCCUGAUCCAUACUGGCCUACCCUGGUCGGUUUCUGUCUCUGUGGUCCCAUCGUCACCAUACUCUCCAUGGACACCGACCCAGAUUCUGCGACGUGGAAAGAGGUCAACAUUGGCUGUCAUGCCAAGUACAUGGGUCAAUUUGAUAUGUCGGAGGAUGACCAAGAUGUCUGGAACUCGCUCGCACUGGCAAUUGCGGUCAUUCAUAUCCGGCGGACUAUGACACGGCUUGCUGAUCAUUAUCCUUACAUGGACGGUGUUGCUCAGCGGCGGAGACCGGGAGAUGAGACGGAAGAUGAGGAUUUGUGA